UUUGUUCUUGGAGAGCUUAGGCUGAAGAUCUUUCUUUCGACUAAGUCAAUGGAUAAAGAUGGGGGUGUGUCUCCAAAUGAUUUAACUAUCUUGAUGACUCAGUUAUGGUGUCGCGACCACCAUGAGUACCGUGGUAGCCCUCCCGAUCGAGCCAGAGUCCAGCUAAGCGCUGCAAUGCUUUUAUACUGCUUUACUACUGCGCGGACAGGAGAGGUCCAUGAGUCGACUGCGCGAAGACAUGAAUCCCACCAAAUGGGGAACAGCAAGGAUGAUGAUUUAGACGCCCGGGUGAUGGCUGCUUGUUAUAAGCAUGAAUUUGUCAAGGGAUUCUGGAGAAAGAAAAAAUGGAGUAUCCCGACCCAUGCAUUCUACAAGGUGGAUGUUGAGGAUGUACCUAUAUUCCUGAAUCUCUUAAUUUUCUUUUUGCCAAUGGCAACCGCGGACCAGGCGUUUGGAAAAUAUAGGUCUGUGAUGGAGAUUCUUGACGCUGUUGAAAAAAAAGGGAAAGCUGGUCACUCUCGUUCGAAGAUUCUCAAGGUGAUUCAUAUACGUGAGGAUAUAAAGGAAGUACCGGUAUUCCGGCAAUAUCUUGAGCAUUCCGUAGGUGACUACAAAGGAAAUACCAGAGCCGCAGAUUCAUUCGACAAGUCAUUGGGCAUAGAAAUGGUUAUUCGCUUAAUAUCACUAUUCGGGCAUAUCGGAGAUGAGCUUUACAGGAAGCAGCAUUCUGAGUCUACAAGGAUGAAGUUUGCUGGGCAUAUUAACCCCAAUACUUAUGGGAAGUCAUAUACGUAUCCUCUGAGUGAGGUUGAUAGACCUGCAAAUGACCUCGGGUUUGCGAGCAGACAGGAGCAUAUUCAAAAUCGUCGUGGAAUAGGCCUUUACCACAGCACUUUUUCACCACAGCUACUCCUCGUAAAAGCGGAGUACGAAUUUCUUGCUCGGGAAGAUUUUUCGCAUAUCAAUUACUUGAUGCCCAAAUUAAGUGCACAGCUCUUGAGUGUGGGCCCGGAAGAACAACGAAGAAUCCAGCUUGAGCAGAAAAAGCUUUAUAGUCAAAAGGGGUCUCUAUACAACGAUGAGCUUCGAAGGGUAUAG